CUGACGGCUUUAUAAAAGACUGAUCUGCUGAACUAAGCUGGUCACUGAAGAACAUGUUUAACACGGGAGUUUCGACAUAUCUGUGUUUGUUUUUUGCAUGCUGCUUCUCCUGCAACAAAGCUAUGCCUGCUAAACUUAGCAAUGAGGCUGUGAAUGACAGACCUGUGAUCGGUAUUUUAACUCAGGUUGUUACGGAUGAAAUCAUGAAACCAUUUGGGAAGACUUACAUCCCUAGUUCUUAUGUGAAAUACAUUGAGUCUGGGGGCAGCAGAGUGAUGCCCAUCAGAUUAACUCUUACUACGUCUGAAUAUGAAAACAUCUUCAGGAAGAUAAACGGGCUGAUUUUCAUCGGGGGAGCUGCAGAUUUGGAGACUUCAGACUUUGCCAGGGUGGCAAAGAUUUUUUACAGAUUCGCCAUGGCGGCUAAUGAUGCUGGGGACUACUUCCCCAUCUGGGGCACAUGCAUGGGAAUGCAACUGCUCACUGUGCUGGUGGCUGGUAAAAAUCUACUGUCAAAUACCACAGCUACCAACGUAGCAUUGCCUCUCAACCUAACUGCAGAGGCCCAUUCCAGCCGGAUGUUCAGUGGUUUCCCAGAUGAGCUCAUCAAAGCGUUGACCCAGGAACCUUUGACUGGCAAUUUUCACCACUAUGGGAUCACAGUAAAGACCUUCCAGGAAAAUGAGGAGCUACAGAGUUUCUUCUCCAUCUUGUCAACAAACAUCGCCGAGAACGGAGCUCACUUUGUCUCAACUUUCGAAGGUAAAAAAUAUCCCUUCUAUGGAGUGCAGUGGCACCCGGAGGUGAAUCGUUUCCAGUGGAAAAGAAAUCUGAACUUCCCUCACUCCCGUCACGCUGUUCAGUUAUCAUCGGUGUUGGGUGAAUUUCUUGUCAAUGAAGCAAAGAGAAGUUUACAUCAUUUUGACAGUCCUGAGGAAGAGGAUUCAUCACUGAUUUACAACUACUCACCUGUCUAUGCUGCAAACUUCACAGGAUAUGAGCAGGUCUAUUUCUUCUGAGUUCCUCCUGCACCUGACUGGGUCUCUGUGCAUGCGCAUGUUUGUAUACUGUAGUGUGUAGUACGCUCAUGAAGUCUGCUGGUUUUAGCCAGAGGUAAACAAAAGUGUUAAGUCUUUUAUGUGCUGAUUCAGAGUGGAUUUUUAUUACACUGAGGAAGUAUCUUCACUGGCAAUUGUGGCAUUACUAACAUAGAAGUAUUAUUUAUAUUACGUUGUGUUUUUUCCCCAUUAAUGUGCUCAUUUGAGAAAGUAAAGUCAGCCUUUUGUUCCUGUAGAUGUGAAUGUGUUUGAAGUAGAAUAUCUAGAUUGAUUUUAAGAAAAAUAGAUCCAUGUCUUUUGCUCUUAUUUCAAAAGCCAAUUUUAAUUAAAAAAAAAAAUUUAGGUUAAUUUAAAACAAAUAAGAGUUUUACAAAAAAAAAUAGUCCCCCUCUGAGUGAGAAAUAUCUUUCUCAGCAGAUGUGUUUUGUGCAGCUGUCAUAGAAAUGUAAAUAUGAAAGUUCUAUCUGAAUAUUUUAAGGAUCUUUUUAUCUGACUUUUUAUUCAUUGUUUAACAAGUAGAAAAAGCAAUUGACCAAAAACCUCACUGCGCUGUCCAUUCAGUAUUUCCAAGGUCAACAGAGGACCUUUAAAGCUUUUGGAUGAAGGAUAGGGAUAGGUUCAAAAUUGAACCCUUUAAACCACAAAGCAGUACCUUGAAAACUCUUUACCAGGGGUUUCUUAGGAGUUCCAUGAGGAACCUUUUUCAGUUGAAAAGGUUCAUCCACAAUGGUACUUCUAAUAGUGCAUGGCUAUGCAAUGGUGAAAAUUGCAGUAAGGUCAUUAAUUACUCCUUUUUUUAAAAAAUAAAAUGAAUUGCUAUUCCUGGUGCGGAGAUGUGAUGUAAGCAUUAUGACUCCAUCAGUGAAAAGGUUUGGAAACAUAAGAGUAUUUUUAGAUGUAGACAAGUUUUUUUGAGUGACAGUGACAUCAGACACGAUCGUAUUGCUCCUCUGUAGCUCCUUCGCGAUCAGGAAAGUGAAGUGGACAGUAAACUCACUAAAUAUAGAAAAACUGUGACAAACUGAUGAAGACGUCGUGGGCUGUUGACCAUCUUUCAGUAAAUGGGUUAUUGAAUGUGAAAAUGUGAACUUUUUAAAGUGUAUGCUUCCUUACAGCAAGCUCAGUUAAUUUUUUUUUACUGUGAACUGAAGACAUUUGAGUGUGAGAUGCAUAUGAGAAGAAAGCUCAGUUUCAGCUUUUAUUCUCUGGUAUUUCUAGAUACAGUAUAAAGUUAAAUACAGUUAAAAAUCACAGAAAAUAAGACAUUUUGUACCACCCAGCUUUUCAAGUGAGCCAAAGUAUUGGAACAGAAUGAUUUCAGCUGCAUUAAAAUCCAAAAUACUUAAUG